CCGAUGAAGAAAAGGAAGAUGUGUGGUUGAGCAAGGUGGCCCAAGCGCUGGUGCCUGAACACACUCAGGUCGGUUGAAGGGGCAGGACAGCAACACAGCCCCGUUUUUCUGUUCUGCCAUAUUGUCUCCCUGUUUAUUUAGAGCCUCAACAGACACAACUUCUCUCAUCAAAUCAUUGCCGUCAUGUCAUCAGUACCAGUCGGAAGCCUCUGUCAGUACUGCAAGGGCAUCAAUGUGGAAACUAUCAGCCAACCUGGUGGACAUGCACAUGCCCAUAGUCUGGCAGUUAUUCAGCAGAGCGCCCAACAAGGCUGCGCGCUUUGCGGUUGGUUCAUAACACUCACUUGGAGCAGAGAAAUCGACAAUGAAAUGCGCGAAGUUGAACCGCCUACUUCUGCAGGAAGACAGUCCACAGAUCGCUUCCAUGUGCGACCCGUUGGGCCCGGAUAUCUUGGUCAAAGUCACAUUUGUUUGACCGACGAGACAGGGGAGUAUCAGACCACAGGCCUCGAGGUGUGUCGUCUUGAGGGUGACUUAGCUCCUGAUGACUGUCCAAUUCCAGUCUGCAGAGCCCUUUCAGACACUGCCUCACCAGAAACACAAGAAACAGCUCUGUCUUGGUUGAAGCAGUGUGAAGUCGAACAUGACUGCAACAACUUGUCGAUACCUGGGCCCAACAACACCUAUGUUUUGCCCGGUCGAUUGGUAGACCUGCGGUCGUUCACACCCACGACUCCGAUCAUACGAUUGGUGGAAAGUUUUUCUCUUCCUGGAAAUAUUACCAACACGCCUGGCUUCUACAGCACACUCAGCUACUGCUGGGGCAUCUCUCCCUUCUACAACACCACAUCAGCCAACCUCACCUCCUCACUCACCCAGAUCCCCUUCAACAUCCUUCCUCAAACCUUCAAGGAUGCGUUUUUGAUCACCACGCAACUUGGCACUCCCUUCAUCUGGAUCGACGCCCUUUGUAUCAUCCAAAACUCUCUGCAUGACUGGGAGAUUGAGUCGGCCAAGAUGCCCUACAUUUACUCCCUUUCCAGGUUCUGCAUCGCUGCUGAUGCCACUGCCGUUGCUGAAGGCGGCUGCUUCAACAACCACAACCACUCCUCUCAGCAUCCCCGUCGAAAGGAAGCCACACCUCUGAUCAUCCCAUCCAUACUUGCAUCCACCUCGCAAAUCAGUCGUCUGUAUAUCUACCCCCGGCAUCACCACUCCACCAACUCCCAAGCCCCCAUUUCCGACGCCCCCAUCUCCACCAGAGGUUGGUGCUUCCAAGAGCGAAUCCUUUCCCCUAGAACACUCCAUUACACCGCGGGGCAACUCUACUGGGAAUGCCGCCAGGACUUCAAGUCUGAGGACCUCAUCACCAAUACCCAAGGCCAGCCAUGGGGCACCAUGCCGGGCGCGCUUGCCCAACUAUACGACCCUACGUUUCGCCCCGAGCACGUCGUGAGAACGUGGUACAAGUCUAUCGUGGCGCCUUACAGCCGGAGGAGUCUGACGAAAGAAACUGAUCGACUCCCUGCCAUUGGAGGGGUGGCCAGGGUGUACGCUCACCUGCUCUCCCAAGCGGAGAACCGGAUCAGGAACGCGGAGACACAAACCUGGGUUGAGGGGUGGGUGGAGCGUCUGAAGGUGAAGCAAUAUGAUCUGGUCGAGAAUAGCGCGUAUAUUGCCGGGAUAUGGGGUCAUCAAAUUGGUCAUGGGCUAAGCUGGAGGAGAAGGAAGGGGACAAAGAAACCUGUGGCAGGGCAUGAGCGGAAGAGGACCAACACGUUUAGCUGGGUAUCUGUUGAUGGGCCGGUGGAGCAUUUCUAUGGAUAUAUUGAGGCGACCAGGCUGGUGAAGUGGAAUGUGUCGCUGCUGAACCCUCUUGAUCCCUUUGGUGGAGUGGGCGAGUGCGAGAUCACGUUGGAGGGGAACGUUAUCGAGGGGAAACUGGGGUAUUAUCAUCAUGGUGAUGCUAAUGCAGGAGAGUGGCGGGUGUUUGUCGAUAUACCACCGGACGGCGAGCUUGACCAUGGGACAGUGGACAUCGGUAGCGUGGACAUUGACGAAGAAACAGAUGAGUUGGCUGACGUCAAAGCUUCCAAUGGGUUGGUAGUCCGGGAUGUUUGGAUCCUAGCAACCUCUAUGCGCAACACACUAGACGUUUAUGCUCUAGUGCUUGUACAAACUGUGGAGGACGAUGGCAAGGUCAGAUACCAGAGGUUGGGACUUUUGUGGAUCAAGUCUCCGGGCCGGAUGCCAGUGGCCGGCCGAGCUCCGAGACAUACAUAUAGAGGGGUGACUUGCCGAAAUACCUGUCCGCUGUGCUCUUCCAUGGUCGACUCUCACGGGAAAGAGUUUCACUACAAGACGCUGGCGUUGUUGCAAAUGAACCGUGACGAGGCUUUUCAGCAGAUUGUCAUUGUGUAGACUACUACCGCAUAUAGACAAAACUAAAGUGGUCGAGAGCCGUAUUGACUAUCUUGUACCUAGGUCAUCUCAUCCGGCUCAGAUUGCCU